GGUGGGGAAAACAUGUGUUGGAUAGACAGCUGGCAUGAUUAAGUCUGUACUCAAAACUACUUCUUGCUCUUUCGCAGACUCGCAAAGUUGCGAGGUCAUUUGCUCAUACGCUCUUGUCAUAUGUAGUCAGAGUUUUAACUCAUUGUUCCAACAAUGAAGUACAUUCAAAGCACCACAAGCUCCCCUUGUUGUCCAAGAUAUUUGUUUCCGCUUCGCAUCUACUUCUUGGCUCGGAACCAAUCCGCUGACGAAAGCGAAACCAAAUGCCAAUGGUGGGGGUCAAAUAUGAAAUCCAGCAAGUGCUGCGGGGCAACGAGCAGACCGAGUUGUGCCCGAUACCAUACUUAAGAGCCAAGGCGAUGAUCGUGGUAACGACGCAGAA